AUGCGCUCGGUCGACGAAAUGGCAACGUCCCACAUUCUCUCUACGAUCGAUCCGCUGAUGACGGGGACGUCCAACGGAAGCGCCAGUGGGUCACAGUCCAACGGUAGCCAUUCACAGUCCAGUGCCGGUGGCAGCCGGGGAGCAGGCGAGCGCAACCUUUCGGUCACGCUGGACGAUCGAGAUCUGUGGCUGCGGUUCCAGAAUCUCACCAACGAGAUGAUUGUAACCAAAAACGGAAGGCGCAUGUUCCCGGUUGUAAAGGUGACUGCCAGCGGUUUGGAUCCCGGCGCAAUGUACACGGUGCUGCUGGAAUUUUCCCAGGUGGAUUCGCAUCGCUGGAAAUACGUCAACGGAGAAUGGGUUGCCGGCGGUAAAGCUGAGGCGCCUCCACCAAAUCCAGUGUACCUUCACCCUGAAUCGCCGAAUUUUGGACAACAUUGGAUGAAAGAACCGAUAUCAUUCGCUAAGGUUAAGCUUACCAACAAAACCAACGGCAACGGUCAGAUAAUGUUAAACUCGCUGCAUAAGUAUGAGCCACGGGUGCAUCUGGUACAGGUCGUGUCUGAGCAGCGCGAGCAGCGCAAUGUUCACACUUAUCCCUUCCCGGAGACGCAAUUUAUUGCGGUGACUGCUUACCAAAACGAGGAGGUUACUUCACUGAAAAUAAAAUACAAUCCAUUCGCGAAAGCCUUUCUGGACGCAAAAGAGCGACCGGAUUCCGUAUAUUCAAGGGAAAGUUCCACUUACGGUUGGCUGAACUUUCAUCCCUCCUACGCGACGGCUCCCUCUCCGCUGCCGACGGCUGAGCGAUAUUCCCACGCGACUGUCCGCUCGAAUCGAACUGUUCCCUAUACAACACAAAGAUCGCGGAACACCAGCGGUAGUACAUCUCCUCAACCUACGGGGUAUUUACCUCUGGAGCCGGUUGCAUCGCCUGUUUUCUCAUCGUAUUCCUCGGCAUGGCAAUCACAGCCAACGUCUGCGACCGGACCUUACUGGAGCAGCCAAAGUGCAAACCCUGGGAGUCCGAAUUCCAUAGCACCGAACAUUUCUCCGACUCCAUCGAACGGUUCUCCAAAUUAUGUGACUUCGUCACCAACUUACUCUACGCAGCAUCUUGCGUCUCACAACAACCAGUACAGUAGUUCGAUGCCAUCGACGAGUACAGCGACGCAAAUUGACGUCUAUCAACCGAGCGUUUCGCCACAGCAAAUUUAUGCGUCCGCCGCUGGUCAUCAGAUCUACCAUCCUACUCCAACGGUGUCACCCAAUCAUCAACUCUAUGGAAACGUCCUUAACGCUCCGAUUACUAACAUCGGUUACUCGACGUCUUGGCAUAGUGCUGGCGAUUACAGCGUUUACCAAAGUAGCUACCAUUAUCCGACAGCAGAGUACAUCCCUAUGAUCGGUGAAAUUGGAACCUACAACCAUCCGACGGAAAUCACCGAACUGACAACGGUUCCUACGUCGCACCAUCGGCACGAAUCGCAGCUUUCUUCAUCUCCUGCUCCCAGCAUCCAGUAUCACCACGCUCAUCACCAGCACCUGUCGGCAGUGGAAGGUACGCUCGUAUCGAGCGGGAACGCAGCUCAUCACCACCAUCAUCAUCACCAUCAUUGUUCGGAAAAUCACUCGCCUGAACCGAACCAUCCGGUGGCUAGCGGUGGAUUAUCCUCGUCUCCUGGAGCUCCAGGAACCGGUGCCGGCGGUGGUGCAGCAUCUGCUGCUGCUGCUGCCGCCGCCAUCGCUUCACACAGCCCAGUCAGAAGUGGGUCGGCGGGAGCCUGGACUCCGUUGACUCCUCCACAAGUUUCCCACAUUUAA